CUGGAGAGGGUCGGCGCAAAAGACUGCACAAGUACAGAUUUCAGAGCGCGCGCGUAUGCGUGUGUUCAGCAGGAGCCGUGUUUUAUCUUUCAUGACUCGGGACUUCCUACAGACUGAAUGCACUGACAUCCUGAAGCAGAAAUUAAUGUGUGGAGGUUUGAGGUGGCGCGUGUCUCUGUCAGCCGCUUCCCCGCUGCACUGAGACGUGCGCGCCGUCCAAACUAACGGACACUCUUCUGUCUUCUGGACGGCGGGGAAACACACACACACAUACACACAUACACACACAGCACACAGCUGCGAAAUGGCUAAGGAGACAAAAAGCAAAGUGACUUUACGCAAGCACAGCGCUUCCCACUGGUGUAUGCGCAACAUUGCCCAAGAAUCUAUGGACAGCUCUGAUGAUGAGUUUUUUGAUGCCCGAGAGGUACUAGAAGGGAAGACUGCUAUGCUGUUGGGAAUGAGUCAGUGGAACUCCAAUGACCUGGUAGAACAGAUUGAGACUUUGGGGCAGAUUGGCCAGACACAAGAGAAUCUGCGCCGUGACCAGCCUAGGUGCAUCCACCAGAGAAGCAUUGAUGGACUAGAUAGCCUUGAGACGAGAUGUAAAACCCAGGUGCUUGUAUUGGUGGUGCACGGGGGGAACAUUCUGGACCCGGCCAGUGGUGACCUGGGAGCAAAGGCUGCAGAUGUGGCCACUCUGUCUUCGGUGCUGGAGAAAGUGGCACAAGCGCACUUUGAGGCUGCCACACAUCACAUACUACUCAAGCUGGUGCCGUGUCCUGCUGUAUGUGCGGAGGCCUUUUCCCUGGUUUCCAACCUGAACCCUUACAGUUAUGAUGAGAGCUGUGUGUCGAGCAGUGUGGAUCACCUUCCACUGGCAGCACUUCCCCUGCUUGCUAUUGCAGCGCCUCACUACCAGGAUGCUGUGGCAAUAGUUAUCGCCCAAGCCAAUAAGGUCUACCACAGCUUCCUGCAGUCCCCUGAAGGACAAGGCUUCACUGGCCAGGUGUGUCUGUUGGGUGACUGUGUGGGUGGCGUGCUAUGUUUUGAUGCACUGUGUUUCAGCAACAGCCCACAGCAUGACACACCUAGUCACAGAGGGAGACACAACAGUAUGGAGAGCCUAAGGAAUAACCCAGGGCUUCUAGAAGAGGCCAACUUGGGUUUACGCUCCAGUAAGCGCCUCAGCAAAAGCAACACUGACAUUUCAGCCCCUGAUGGGAGUCGCGUCAGGAGGAAACGGCUCACCCGCAAACAAAGUGACUCGUGUGCGAUUGACUCAUCCAAGAGCCAACAACAUCCACUUCUCAGCAGUCUGGUUCAGGAUGGAAUAGACCUAAGCACUGGAGGAAGCAGUCCAUUGUUGCAUCCAGGCCGUUUUGACUUCGAGGUGUCAGAAUGUUUCCUGCUAGGCUGUCCACUUGGACUAGUGUUAGCCAUGAGACGCACAGUUCUUCCUUCGGUCGAAGUGACUCAGUUGCAGCCUGCCUGCUCUCAGAUCUUCAACCUGUUCUACCCCUCUGACCCGUCAGCCUCCAGACUGGAGCCCCUUCUGCAUUCUCUCUUUCACCGGCUGCCUCCAUUCACUGUUCCACGAUACCAGCGCUACCCGCAAGGCGAUGGCCGCUCUGUCCUCAUUGCUGAUGAUAUCCAUGGCCACCCUGAUGUGUUCCUGGAUGAAGAAACUGUUCUCCCAUUCUCUCUGAGGGUAAAUGACUCAGAGGGAACAGUGAAGCAGGUGGUUGGCAGAGGCCGCAGGGCAAGUCUGACCAGCACAGACAGUCAGGCAUCCGGCUGCUGGGAGAGCAAGCUCAGCUGCAUCACUGCCAACAUCUCCAGUAUCUGGUGGGGCUCUAAACGGCUGGACUAUGCACUUUAUUGUCCGGAUGUAUUGACUACAUUCCCCACUGUGGCUCUGCCUCACCUGUUCCAUGCCUCCUACUGGGAAUCUACUGAUGUGGUGGCCUUUCUGCUCAGACAAGUGAUGCAUUGUGACUGUGUGAAGGCUCAGGAGGCAGACAGCUCAGACUGCAUGUCCUUUUCCCCUUCCAGCCCCAGAGAGAAAUGGCUACGGAGACGCACACAUGUUAAGCUUAGGAAUGUCACUGCCAACCACAGAGUGAAUGAUGUCAUUGCGACUGAGGAAGGGCCUCAGACUCUGGUUGGUCGCUUUAUGUACGGCCCUCUGGACAUGGUUACUCUGACAGGAGAGAAGGUGGACAUAUAUUUAAUGACACAGCCUCAAUCAGGGCGCUGGGUGCACUUUGACACUGAGGUCACCAAUAGCAAUGGCAGAGUAUCCUACACUAUCCCUGACAGCAAAAAGCUGCCUGUGGGAGUUUAUCCUAUUAAAAUGAUUGUCAAGGGAGACCAGACGAAUGCAGAAGCUUUCCUGACUGUGCUGCCACGGGGAAUGGAGUGUGUGGUGUUUAGCAUUGAUGGAUCCUUUGCUGCUAGCGUCUCCAUUAUGGGCAGUGACCCUAAAGUACGGGCUGGUGCUGUGGAUGUGGUCAGACACUGGCAGGACUUGGGUUAUCUAAUUAUCUACAUCACUGGGCGUCCAGACAUGCAGAAACAGAGAGUGGUGUCAUGGCUUUCCCAGCACAACUUCCCCCAGGGCAUGAUCUUUUUCUCCGAGGGGUUGGUGCAUGACCCACUGCGCCAGAAAACCAUCUUCCUUAGAAACUUGAUUCAGGAGUGUCACAUUAAGAUCAACUCGGCGUAUGGCUCCAUGAAGGACAUCUCUGUCUAUGGCAUGCUGGGUCUCAGCCCUAACCAGAUAUAUAUAGUGGGCAGACCAUCCAAGAAAUACCAAAACCAAUGCCAGUUCCUCAGCGAGGGCUAUGCUGUGCACCUUUCUUCACUGCAGUUUGGCCACCGGGCUCGGGCCAAGAAGACCUCAUCAAUGCGCAUGGUGCUGCGUAAGAGCUCUUUUGGCCUGACGUCAAAACCAGACUUCCUCUCCAAGCGCACACACCUGCGACGUACCAUGUCUGUGCAGCAGGCUGAACCUCCCAUGACCUUGAAUCCCAAACCGGAGCGUGCCCAGAGCCAGCCUGAGUCCAAUAAAGAGACUGGGGGUAGUGAAGGAGGUGGCCAUGUGAUAUGGGUGCGGGCAGGCAUGCACCGGGGUAACACCACUCCCUGAUCACACAGAAAGCAAGAAGGAUGAGGAAAGAGAAGACAUGGUUUCUCAGUACAGUAUUUUGGUAAGUCUCUUCUCUGUUGACAGUUAUGUGUACUGAAAAUAAUGGAGAAAUUAGUAUUGAGUGUUGAUUAUGAUUUGUCUCCACUUUUGUCAAGAUGAGACAGAAUUUUAUUAGUGUGGACCAUAAGGAGUGGAAUGCCCUUUGCCAUAGAUACUGUCCCUCUUGGGUACUAGGUCUUCCCUAUAAACAGUGAUUCUUGUUCACGUUUCCGAUGUGUGAAUCUUGUGUCCUACUGCACUUUGCAGUGUGUUUUCCAUGGCUUUCCCCCAAGAGGAUGCAUUAUAAUUCUUUAACUGUCAAAUAAAUUACACAGUACAGAUUUAUCUAUACUCUCCAACUAAUCCAACUAUUCAAGUACUACACUCUUUAUGUAAAUGUGUUCAAUAAUAUUCUGGCUAUAUAUUGAACAGCUUUUUAAUCCUGUGGUUCAAUUUAAUUAGGUCCAAAUUGACAUUAUUUAUAGGGCUACAUGUUUUUGAGUUAGUCAUGUUUAGUUUAAACCCAUUCAAAUCAAGUGACCAGACAAAUGGGCUAAUAACACUUAGAAGUCAAUCAUAAAUGUAGUAUGUUUGAUAAUGUUGGGUUGUGAUUUCCAUCAAUGUAAUAAAAAAAAAAAAGAUGGACCCCUGAGUAUACUUCAUGGACUUCACUUUGAGAACCACUAUGACAUACUUGUUUUUAACCUGGAAAGCAUGAAAGUCAUUGAUCUCUUGAUCAUUAUGAACAACAGCUCAUUAUGAACAACAGCAUUCAUGAACGCACUGCAUUUCCCUUCUAGACUAUUCCAAACUUAAUAUAGAGGGAAAUCUUCUUUUGAUUUAAUCUAUUAAGAAAGUUUUCCUUUUUUUCACGAGAGCCUUAUUGAUAUUCAUAGCCAAACCCUAGGUAGAGCUAUUAUUAGGAGCAGCUCUCUGCAUCUCCUACUCUGUCAUUGCUCUUAACACUGCUGAAAUCUGAAUGCAUAUGUCCAUUUCAGCUGCCUGUGGUCUCUUAUCUAAAGAUAGAUUGCUCAGACUUUCUCCAAUUCAGUUUUUACUUAGUGCAAAAUUAUGUUUGCUUCAUGAGAUGUGUGGGUUGACUGAUUAUGUUCUGGUUAAAUAGCAGUUCUGUUUAUCUUUUGA